CGGCGGCAGGAGCGCGUCCCGGCGCCGCCUCGGGCUCCGCUCGGCUCGGGGUUGCUCUGGGAGGAGGAGAGCGAGGCGAGGCGCGGCGAGCCGCGGACCCCGCGGGCCGGGCGCAUGGCUUAGGGACGCCCCCGCCCGCCGCGCCCCCAGCAUGGGGAAACUUCACUCCAAGCCGGCCGCCGUGUGCAAGCGCAGGGAGAGCCCGGAAGGUGACAGCUUCGCCGUGAGCGCCGCCUGGGCCCGGAAAGGCAUCGAGGAGUGGAUCGGGAGGCAGCGCUGUCCAGGCGGCAGCUCUGGACCCCGACAGCCGCAGGUGGCCGGCACCGUUGGCAGAGGAACCCGGGAGCUCGUGGGUGAAGUUUUCAGAGAAAGGCUCAGUGAGGAGGAAGAGGAAGACUUUCGGCUAGAAGUGGCCCUGCCUCCCGAGAAGACAGACGGGCUGGCCAGCGGAGACGAGAAGAGGAGAGAGAAGGCGAGCGAAUCUUGCCCGGGCUCCAAGAAGCAGCUGAAAUUUGAAGAGCUACAGUGUGAUGUGUCCGUAGAAGAGGACAGCCGGCAGGAGUGGACCUUCACCCUGUACGACUUUGACAACAAUGGCAAGGUCACCCGUGAGGACAUCACCAGCCUGCUGCACACCAUCUACGAGGUGGUUGACUCCUCCGUCAACCAUUCCCCGACGUCAAGCAAGACGCUGCGGGUGAAGCUCACGGUGGCCCCGGACGGAAGCCAGGGCAAGAAGGGCAUCCUUCUCAAUCACCCUGACCUGCAGAGCAUAAGGCCCAGAGCGGAGACCAAGCCUGCCGAGGAGCUGCGAAGCUGGGAGAAGAAGCAGCGAGCCCCACUCAGGUUCCAGGGUGACAGCCGUCUGGAACAGUCCGGCUGCUACCCCCAUUGUGUGGAUGAGAACAUUGAGAGGAGAAACCACUACUUAGACCUCGCCGGCAUAGAGAACUACACGUCCCAGUUUGGGCCCGGCUCCCCAUCAGUGGCCCAGAAGUCAGAGCUGCCCCCCCGCACCUCCAACCCCACUCGGUCUCGCUCCCAUGAGCCAGAAGCCAUCCACGUCCCACACCGAAAGCCCCAAGGCGCGGAGCCGGGCUCCUUCCACUUCCUUGACACCCCAUUCGCCAAGGUCUCGGAGGUCCAGCAGCGGCUCCGGGGCGCCCAGGACGGGAGCAAGCACUUUGUGAGGUCCCCCAAGGCCCAGGGCAAGAGCGUGGGUGUGGGCCACGUGGCCAGAGGGGCACGAAGCAAAGCCCCUCCGGGCCCCGCCGUCCCUGCCGUGUCCCCAGCCGCCCACUUGGCCGCCAGCCCCGCCCUCCUCCCCCCGCUGCCACCCCUCGGGCCCAAGAAGCACAAGCACCGAGCCAAGGAGAGCCAGCAGGGCUGCCGGGGUCUGCAGGCACCCCUGGCCGUGGGCGGCAGUGUCGUGGGGAGGGACCGUGUGAGGGACCUGCCGGCCGUGGUGGUGUAUGAGAGCCCGGCCGGCCAGGCGGUCCAGAGACACGAACAUCACCACCACCACGAACACCACCACCAUUACCACCACUUUUACCAGACAUAGGCCCCUCCCCGGAAGCCCCCACCCCGGCCAUAUGAAGGACCCCCCCCUUCCCCAGGCCCCCCAAGGCAUUAUUAUUCUAUUAAUUAUUGUUAUUAUGACGAUUAUUGUUAUUAAUAAUUAUUGUUACUCCACUAAUAUUCAGCUAGCCUCCAUGUAGAAGAUAUAUGGAAACACAGAACUAAACUUUUAUUUAUAUGUUGUGAGGACUGCAUAACUUACCCAAGAAAAUGACUCUGGGUUUGGAAGUGGCCUGUUGAGGGUGGAGGCUGGCUCGGGCUCCCGAGGGGCAGUUUCCAUGCAGGCUGGUCCACACCCUUCCCGGCUCUUGGGGAGCCCUCGGCCAGAACUGUGCCCUACCCCAGUCUCUUGCAGGAGAACACCCUUACCUGGCCCGCUUCCAGAGACCCUCGAAAUCUCCGAGAAGAUAAACAGCUGCUACCUCUUAGUAUUAUUCUGAUUUUCUUUUGCCCUUAACUGAUUGUAAUGUGCUACAAGGGAUUUCAGCGGACCGCGGACGCGUGACCUUCCUGGCUGUUGUGUUUUAUGUCCCAACCUAGAAACCCUAGCUGUCCUUUCUGGAGUUCCCUCUCCCUUCCCUCCAGCGGGAUCACGUCCUCGCCCCAAACCAGUCCCAUCUUUUCUGCCAUGCACCACAUGAAAAUACGCUUCUCCUCCUCCCUUGCCUUGUUCUCUCUUCUUUAGAAAGAUACACACACACACACAUAUUUAAAGACUGCCCCUGAAACCAGCCUUCUCAUUUUGGAAACCUCUGGAGAGGGAACCCAACCACAAAAGCAAGUGUGGUUUUCCCAGAUCGGGCAUUUGUGUGUUGUCGGUUGUGACCGAAGAUGUGGAAACCUCAUGUUCUCUACCGUUGGCAAAUAUAUACCUACCUUCGUGGUUCUCCAACAGAGCUUCGUGUAUCUAUAGCUAGGAGCCAUCUGUCCGUUUCGAUGUAUCUUUCUAUAAAUAUACACUCUCAGGUAA